AUGGCUGCGGAAUUUGGGUCCGUGGCCGAUGGCUCUGGACGAAAGGGGAAUGUGAAAUCUGAGGACAAUAGCAAUCAGGAAGACGAGGAAGACGAGGAAGACGAGGAGGGUGGAGAAAACACCGCGGGUGAGGGCCACAACCCCACCUCCGCAGGAUCACUCACUGCUCCGACGAGGCAGGAUCAAUCCAGUAGCGACCCAAUGCAAAAGAACAAUUGCAAUCCGUCCGGCACUGGCAGUGCUUCUGCUGCUCAGAUGCGUGCAAGUGGACCAGGGUCUUUGGGCGGAGGGCACGCUGCAGACACAACAUCCCCAGGCCCUGACGCAUCUCAGCAGGCAGCAGGUGAAGUGCACGCUGGUGGCGGGAGGACCUCCCAGGGCAGUCAGGCUUCGGAACAAACCGUCACGGGAGAGUCACAGGCGCCAGGGACGGCGAAGGAAACACCGCAAGGCGAUGAAGGAGAACCCGGAGCGCAACACGAAGACGACCAAAUCACAAAAAUGACGGUGAUGAAUUGUUGCGCAAAAACAGCGGUGGAACGGGAGAGCCGCCAGCGGGAUCGCAAGAUGCACCACGUCUCUGUAGUGGAGAGAAUGCUCAUUAUUAUUUUUUCCGUACUCUUACCGGCACGUCUAGCCAUACGAUGUCAUCUGGUUGCCGAGGAGGUGGUCGAGCAGCGAAAUGAGUUUCCUGCUGUGAAGCAACUGCCAUUGAGAGAACUUUCCGAGGCGAAGGUCCUGUGCAAUGCCCAGUCUUUGGCGCACAGCCAAGGUGCCUGGACAUUCUAG